GUUCCUCGCCGGCGGAAGGAAAAUCCGGCUCGUGAAAUUCACUGGCCGCUGACGACUGAGGACGCAGAACCGCUGGCCGUCUCUGCUACUGCUGGGUUCUUUUAUCGUCGGGUUUGAUCAUCUGCCAAUCGUUGAAGCAGAGACAGAGUCGCAGGUGGGGGAUCCGAAAGAAGUGAUAUGUGAAGCGGCGGAGAAGCAUGGUGUCAAAUUGCUUGUGCUGGGAAGCCAUAGCAGGGGACCUAUUCAGAGUAAUGGUGGAUCUGUGGUGAUUGGUGGGCUUGGCAGGGCGUUCUUGGGAAGCGUUAGCAACUACUGUGUGCACAAUGCGAAAUGCCCUGUUCUUGGAGAAGCAGAGAAGAGGGUCGUUUUUUGGCGAAGGGUCGAGAAGGGCUGA